UGAGCUGCUGCACACAUACUCUCUGUGUGACUUAAAAAAUGUAGAGGAACAUUGGGAGCCCUCCAUCGUAUUCCAAAGAAUUGUCAUCUUUUAAGGAAAGACUGAGAAGAUGUUUCGUGGAUAUCUGCCAUUGCCUCCAGUGAGUCUCCAGUGGAUGCCGGCUCCCCAACGAAUCAACACGUCUCGCUCUUGGCCCACGAUGUGAGUGCCGCCCGACGGGUCUCAGCGACAACAGGAUUUUAAACCAUGGCCAUCAGCCAAGCCCUGCGAACUGGUCCGAUUGGCGUCUAGAGCCGCCCACCACAAGAGAGAGACCUCUGGGUGAGCGAGAGCGGGAGUUCAAACGUUCCGACUCUUUAACAUGAGAGCAGCCAGCAGCCCUGCCUGUCUGUCCCCUCUGCUGCUGUGCCUGUGUGUGCUCCAGAGGAGCUAUGGGACCCCUUCACCGCCCAGCCCCACAUUCACCCACAACCAGACCAAACUGCCCGACAGCGACAAGGACUCGCAUUACCGCCCCAAGCGAGGCUGGAUCUGGAAUCAGUUCUUCGUUUUGGAAGAGCACAUUGGGCCGGAUGCCCAGUAUGUGGGGAAGUUACACUCAAACUCAGACAAAGGUGAUGGCUCCGUCCAAUAUCUACUCUCCGGAGAAGGUGCCGGUACCAUAUUCACAAUCAACGAGUUAACGGGCGAAAUUCAUGCAAAGAACAGCCUGGACAGAGAAAAGAAGAGCCAUUAUGUCCUCCACGCUCGGGCUGUCGACCGCUUCACCAACAGAGCUGUGGAACCCGAGUCCGAAUUCAUCAUCAAGGUCCAGGAUGUGAACGACAACGCCCCUAAAUUCCCAGAUGGCCCCUUUUCAGCCUCCGUGCCUGAGAUGGCAGACAUCGGAACGUCGGUGUUCCAGAUCACUGCCACAGACGCCGACGAUCCCACCUACGGAAACAGUGCCAAGAUUGUCUACAGCAUUCUCCAAGGGCAGCCUUUCUUCACCGUCGACCCCAAAACUGGUGUCAUCAGGACAGCUUUGCCGAACAUGGACAGAGAAACUAGAGAGAUGUACUCUGUCAUCAUCCAAGCCAAAGACAUGGCCGGCUCUGUUGGGGGUCUGUCCGGAUCCACGACAGUCAAUAUCUCACUGGCCGACGUCAACGACAAUCCACCACGAUUCCCUCAAAAGAACUAUCAGCUGUACGUGCCAGAAUCUGCUCAGGUAGGGAAAGCAGUUGGGAAAAUCAAAGCGAACGAUGAAGACCUUGGCGUCAACGCUGAGAUGACAUACAGAAUUACCAAUGAAGAAGGAGCUGCCAUGUUUUCCAUCUCUACAGACAGUGACAAGAGAGAAGGAGUCAUCUCCCUCAGAAAGCCUCUGGACUACGAGAAGAAGAAGGCUUACUCUUUGAACAUAGAAGGUGUCAACACCCAUCUGGAUCCUCGUUUUUCUUACCUGGGUUCUUUCAAAGACACCACCACACUCAAGCUUAUCAUUGGGGAUGUUGAUGAAGCUCCGGUGUUUACUAUGGACUACUAUAUCAUGGAUGUGUAUGAAAAUGCUCCAGCUGGGACAGAGGUUAGCAUGGUAACUGCUAAAGACCCGGACAGCACAAGAAGCAAAGUCAGGUAUUCCAUCGACCAAAAUGGAGAAGGUGAUGCACUUUUCACCAUCGAUGUUGACAGUGGACUCAUUACAACCACCAAGAGUCUAGACCGAGAGGAGGUAGCCUGGCACAACAUCACAGUGAUGGCUUCAGAGACUGACACCCAACUGGCCAAGGGGCUUAGGGUCAGCAGUCUGAAGUUAAUGUCUUUCAAAAGUGGAGAGGAAGAAGAAGCCCAGGUCAUUCAGACCAUCAGGGCCACAGACAAGGACAACUUCGCCAAUGGUCGGUUUACUUUCGCUCUACCAGAAGACCUUCCAGCGAAUCCAAACUUCACUCUGAAGGACAAUGAAGAUAGCAGCGCGAGCGUGUUGGCGCGUAGGCAAGGCUUCAGCCAGGCGGAACAGGAGCUGUACCAGCUGCCCGUGGUUGUGUGGGAUGGAGGAGAGCCCGUCCUCAGCAGCACCAGCACGCUUACGCUCAGGGUGUGUCCAUGCCAGCACGGGGCCAGGACGCCAGUGUGCAGGGCUCAAGCAUUCCUGUCCUCGGCCGGUCUCAGCACCGGAGCCCUCAUUGCCAUCCUGCUGUGCGUGCUCAUCCUCUUGGCCAUCGUGGUUCUGUUUGUCACUCUGCGUAGCAAGAAGAGCAAAAAGGAGCCUCUGAUCAUGUCGGCGGAGGAUAUCAGAGAGAACGUAGUCACGUACGAUGACGAGGGCGGAGGCGAGGAAGACACAGAGGCCUUUGACAUAGCGGCGUUGAGGAACCCCGCAGCAGCCGAGGAGAUGAGGAUGAGGAAGGACCUGCAGUCAGAAGUGUGGAGAGCAAUGGGGACCGAGGCUCUCAGCCCGGCUUUGACCUUACCAGACGAGGACAUCCAUGAGGUGAUUAAGCUCAAGGUUGUUGAGGCAGACCGGGACACGAGCGGCCCUCCGUACGAUUCUCUUCAGACUUACGCUUACGAGGGCCGCGGCUCCCCAUCCGGCUCCAUCAGCUCACUGGACCUGCCGGAGCCCCAGACGGAGCUGGACCUCAGUGAGGUAGACAAAUGGGGUCCUGAGGUACAAGUACUGAGCAGAGUCUUUGAAGAGAAAAGCCAGCAGCACGUCCCAUAAUGACUGCGCAUGUUCUGUAAACCAGAAGUUGUGUGUCGUUUCCCUGUUGUCUGGUCAAAUGGGACUGCAGUGAAGACUGAAGUUUUUUUUUUUUGUCAUCCAGUUUUGCUGUG